AACGCGAAAGACCAGGUUGUUAGAUCCUGCCCAUGUAUGGAAGGAGAGACCAGUGCAGAGCCUGCUGCUGUUCCGUCAGCUUCGACUGUCGCUGAGAAGCCUGCCACUGAAGGCAACGAACUGUCUGCAUCGAAUUCGACCGAAGCAGGACCAGUGGUACAACCACCUCCCGUUCCUCCUCCGGCUCCGGUGGUGAAUCCCCCAGUUACAGAAACCUCUAUCAUUUUGCGACCCACCAUCUCCACUGUGACAACCACGGCGACAACGACCCCAACAGCAACAGCAAUAUCCGUGGUUAAUGCCACGGGAAGCGAUCUGGGUGGACAGCAGUAUUAUGUGGUGGUUGGAGCGGAUGGCACGAAUAGCUUGGUGGCUGGUAUUCCUGCGGGCAUCACAAACGCUACGUCAGCUCAAAUACAAGGAACCACUGUUAUUGGCACGGUUGUCGGAUCCACUUCACGCCCCGGAACAACGAUCCCAACCGCUAAUAUUAUCGCUCAAGGAGGUCCGGUUACGAUUAAACGCGGCACUGUUCGUCCCGGCACCCUGACGACCAAAUCUGCGCCUGUUCUCGCCAGAGCGGCAGUUUCCAUUCCCAAGGGACAUACCAUCGUCCCUCGUGCAGGACAAGUGGUACCCGGUCCGGCGGGGACGAGUGCCACUUCGGGUAUUGUUAAGAUGAUAACCGUGCCGGCGCUGGGGUCUACCGCGGGGCAGAGUACUGUAUCUGUCUACCUUCCGGGGCCUUCCGCGGCCACCGCUACUCCCCUGGUGCGUCGCGCGUCACCCACCAAAGCAGUUCCCAUAAAGACCAUCACGCAGCCCGUGCAGGCAGCCCGCACUGUCUUUCACGCGCGUCCAACCGUUGCUGCCCCGGCUGCUACCACUACGGCGGCUCCUGUUGUGGCGGCUGUGACAACGUCGGCACCGACCACCAGCACCACAACGACAGUCACGCCCGUUAUUGCUGCUAAGAAGCCCGCAGCUACACGAGUAGCACCGACGGCUGCUGGGAAGACAACGGUAGCCAAACCGGCUGCCGCAACAGCUGCGGCGCGUGUUCUGACGAAUAAGAACACGACUUCCGCUGACCGCGCUGCGCAGUAUCGGAAGGCCAUCGGGGACAGCAUGAUGAAGCUGCACAAACUGGAGACGUCCAUUAUGAAGCUGAAUCCCGAUAAAGCCACACCGUUUACCGUUGGUGAAAUUUUCACCCAGACCGCUGCAUCUUUUGCCAAAAUGGCUUCUUUGACGUCGCAUUUAUCGCUAGAUAGUCAAGGGCCUGCUGAUAAACGGCGUUGGUCUCCAGAAUUGGUUACUAAGUUCAUAACGACUGUGACGACAUUUGCAACCAGUAUGAAGGAAAUUGGGGACGAGUUAAAAGGCCGUCAUGAAAAACAGCUGAUAGGCAGUUUGAAGCGGAAGGCGGAAACGGAAGGCAGUGCCCCCAAAAAGACGGCAGCGGUUUCAAUUUUGAAGGUUCCAGUGGUCAGUGCUGCUAAAAAUCCACCAGCUCCGAAUGAAAAUCUGGAGCCGUUGAAGGAUGCAGCGGUCAAGAUGCCUUCUACAUCAACCAGUACACCGGUGCCUUCCGCCAAGGAGCCAAAGGCUGGGGAAGAAAAAGUGGAUGAAACAUUAGCAACCGAGACUACAACAUCAACGGCGUCUGCUGCAAGCGAACCUCCGACUCCUGCAUCUAAUGCUUUGGAUAACACUGUUUAUCUUACUCCUGCAUCUGAAGGCACUCCACAACAAUCCCACACUAUGUCUGAAGCUACCAGUCAGCCAUCCGAAAAGAGCGCCACUGUAGAGACAUUGGAAACAGCGGAGCGGGAGAAGUUGCCUGAAAAAAAUGCAGUUAGGGAGUCCCCUUCAACAGAUAUUGAACUUGGAAAGCCCGACGUGACGACGUUGAAUGACCUGCCUGUUGCGGAAAACGUCGUGAUCAGCGAAGGAAUUGUGGAAGAAGGUGAAUUAGUGUACGGAAAGGUGAGCAAAGUGGUUACGUUGGGCUUAUCGUUUUUUCAGACGUUCUUGGAGGAAGCAGCAGUGGUGGAGAGCCAGAAAUACGGUCCGGAGAUCAUUGACCGCUGCUCUCCGGUUAUUGUCGAACAGAUAUUGGAAAGCUUCCUGAAUAAUAUCUUUUAGUUAACGUGUUUCUCCUCUGGAGCAGUUUUGCUGGCCUGCCUUUUUGGGAAUGUAAAUUUUGCGUUCAGUUUUGAUUUUUUAUAGAAUAAGCGCAAUAAUUUUCUUUCAGUUUUGAUCUGCUUGGUGUUAUGUUUGGUGCGCAAGCAGCUUUAGAAUUUUAGGCUUAUGAGUGAUGAGCAGUGUAUUGUUUUAGUUUUUUGUGUUCCGGAUCCGCGUUAGAAGUGCGGUAAUCUAAAAUUUUGAGUUGUGGUCUACCGUUUUUUUCCACUCACUUGCAGAAUGAAGAACAGUGCGUUG